AUGCCGAUAUUUCAAAAUAUUCGGUCGUGCGUACGACGCAAACAUGAAGUAACCCGUAAACCUACAAAAGUUCAUUUUAAUGUUCGCAUUGGUGAUGCAUUCAAGUCAGAAAAUCUUGCCUCCCAACUUCGGGAUCUCUUAGUGUAUAUUGCAAGAGAAGGCGUGGCUGUAACGGAUUUAUUCCGUCGUCCAGGAAACCCCCGAAGUAUCAAAAAAGUCAUUGCAGACCUUGAAGCCGGCCGACCAAUAUGCUGGACUAACUAUGACUUUUACACACUAGCGAACAUUGCGAAACGUUUUCUUUUACAUUUGGAUGGUGGCAUAUUGGGUGAGGCCGCGGAGAAUGCACUCAUCGAGUCCCUGGAUGUACCGGAUAUUGAUUCCCGGUAUGCUAUUAUGCACAGAAUCAUCACAUCGCAGUCAAAAACAGUUCAACAAUUACUGGCAUUGCUAUUCGGCACCUGGUUUAGAAUGAUUUAUCACACAGAGGUCAACGCCAUGUCUGUUGAAGCUGUGGCAAAGUCAGUGGCGGGCUCCGUCUUCCCUAGCUGCACUUAUUCACCAGAAAGGGUCGAGAAAGCCUCAAAAGUGAUGGAAAUUCUUAUAGUUGGCUUUGCUGCUGCCGAGCUCUUCGGUCGUGAUCUCAUCGAAUACUUCACACAGGAAACUAAGACGAGCAUCUCGCGCAUUGAAAAGUUCAAGUAUGAAUUUCGGUUUCCCAAGAGUAUCCCACGGCCCAAGUCCACUCGAAUGUUUAUGCAAAUGCUGCUGGAUGAAAGUAAAAAGCACGGAUUUGACAUCGUUAAAGAUGCAGCAAUUUUAAUGGCGAAGCUCAGUCCUAUGCCUGUUAGUCAGGUUGCGAGCUCUCUAGCGCUAGCUGCUGACGGUUGGUUCGGCGAUGUUGAGGUGCAAAACAAACGGAAUAUCGAGUCUGAUAAAUACGCUCUCACGGCUUAUGCAGCGGUAGUACGACUAGAAGUAACCAGACAUAUGUAG